AUGCAGAGGGAAGGUAAUUCAAUUGCCACAAACGUUAUGCAGCCCUUUUUUUGAAUUUCGACUCCAGUUUGGAGAAAAAAAAUUUUGAUAUUACACAUGACAUCUGAUCCCCGGGAGAAAAAUUUUCGUCACGAAAGUAGGAAACGCGAUGUAGCCGUGGUUGAUGUGUGUUCAGGUGUAAUCGAGCAUGCUGAAUCGAAUGCUAUCAACAGAAUUCCGAAUUUCGGCCGUCUAAGUGCAGUUUCGGCCGAUUUUCCGGAAAAAAUCGGAAAAAAAAUUAACGUGAAUUCGGCUUCUGCCAAUCGCGCAGCUUCAGCGGAGCGAUCCCAGAAUCUGAAAAAAAUUCAGAAGGCACCCAGAGGGAAUACGACGAAAAUGACUGAGCUUUUUUUCCGAAUUUCGAUCUAGUUUUCCAGAAAAAAAUUCCGGAAAAUUUUGACUUUUUUGGGAAAUUUCGGAAAAUCUCGAAUAGCUAAAAUACGAAAUACGAUAGCAAGAUACGAAGGGUGGUUCUAGGGUAUAUCAGGCAUGCUGAAUCAGAAUCCGUUGUCAAAAUCCAGAAAUUCCGUCAUCUUGAUGGUGAAAUCUGGAAAAAACCGAAAAAUGCCGAAAAUCGCUUAUAACUUUCGACCGGUCGAUAAUUGUAAAUUGUAAGUGGGCUUCAGAAGCCUUAGAAUUUUGCGUAGAAUACGAUUCAAUCAAAAAAUUCCCGAAAAUCCGACGUAUAUGCUGGAGACCCUCAGGGCAUAUAUGACAAAAUUUCGAAAAAACGCAAAGUUCCGUCACGAACAGUUGAUGAACAUGAUGUAAAAAGCUCGGAAACUUUUCUCUGUAAGAAAAAAGUUACAGCCAAUCUAAGAAAAAAAAAUCUCACUUUCAAACGGCCGUAAUUCCCGCCAAAAUCGGCGGAAGGGAAAUCAAAAAAAUUAAAAGUCUUAGAAUUUCGUGUUCUACCGCUAUGCCAAAUUUCAGGACGAUAAGUCAACGUCUUCGAUUUUUUACUUUUCUCACUUAGGUUUCUUUCGAUUUUUUGAAGAUUUUCCGCAAAAAAUCGUUUAAAAUUUUGAUUUUUGGGAAUUUUAAGAUGUCAGAUUUUGUGAGGAUUUAAAUUUAGAUAAUUCUAGAUCUAAAAAUUAACAAAAUUCCAGAUUUUUCCCCGAUUCUCCACCUAAAUCAUCUAAAAUAAUAUAAUUUUUUGGUUUUCAGUCCCCUCACUUGCUACCACUACCCUGGACCGGUCCGAGGAUGGGUCCCCCUCCAAAUCCAAAGGCCGUCCCCCAAACACUUUAGUCAGCACUCAAGCCCAACAAGAGCAAAAUCAAAUGGCCCAAGGCGUGCUGACCAACCUGAUCUCCGCCUACACCGGCUGUUUUUGGCCCUUUUGGAAGCCGAGGAAGCCGGAGUUUGAUCGAUUCGGCUUGGAGGUGAAAGUAAGUAGCGUUUUUUCCUGUCUACAAACUUUGUUGAAUUCAUUGAAUUUUGCACGGUGCAGUAAAAUUUUCGAUAAAUUUUUUGAACUGCACAGUGCAGUAAAAAACAGAGAAAUUUAAAGGGUUCUUAUAUUGCCUGAGGCAGUUUUUUUAGCCAUAUCGCUAAUAUUCACUUUGCUCUCUGCACCGUGCAAAAAUAAAAUUUUAAAAUUUUGCACGGUGCGAUGAAAAUUUCGACAAAUUUUUUGAACUGCACAGUGCAGCAAAAAACUGAAAAAUUUGUAGGGUUGUUAUGUUGCCUGAGGCAGUUUUUUCGCCAUGUCGCUGAUAUUCAAUUUUUCUCUGCACUGUGCAAAAAAGUUUUUAAAAUUUUGCACAGUGCAGUGAAAAAAAUCCCGUCAAAAAUUUCAUCGCAUAAUAGUGCAAGAAGAAAAAUUUUUUUUUGCACAGUGCAAGUUAGUCCAAAUAUUUCAUUUUUUGACAAAAUUUCUCAAAUUCAAUUUCCGCACCAUGCGAAAAUCAAAAAUUUCUUAAUGCACCGUGCGAUAAAAUUUUUCAGGCGAUUUUUUGAUUGCACAGUGCGCACAAAUUCAAAAAUUUUUGCAGGUUUAAAGUUCUUGCCUCGGGCAAUAUUUUUUAUAUUGUUGCUAAUAUUUACCUUGUUUUGGGCUUUAAAAUUUGAAAAAAUUUAAAAAAUUGUGUCUGCACGGUGCAAUGAAAAUUUCGGUAGAUUUUUUGAAGUGCACGGUGCAGUAAUCAACAAAAAAUUUUUAAGGCUUGUAAGGUAUACCUGAUGCAUUAUUUUUCAUCGCUGCCCUCAGGGCUAAUUCUUUUUUGCACAGUGCAAAGAAAGAAGUUUAAAAAUUCCGCACUGUGCAGUCGGAUGUUUUUUGUUUUUUGCACUGUGCAAAAAUUUUUUGGGCUAAAAUUAGUUGAAAUAUUGUUUUUUACACUUACUGAGACAUUUCUAGGACAACCACGAGAUCGGCUUGGACUGUAUCGAGAUCGAUUUCAACAAGAAUUACAUUGGCGGCGGGAAUCAGAGCUCGGUGUUCCGCGGCAAAUGGAACGGGCGCUACAUUGCGCUGAAGAAGCUGAACCGCGCCUCCGAAGUGGACAUUGACAAGCUGGUCAAGUUGAAUCACCCAAAUGUCAUCAAGACGUUGGGCAUCAGCAGCAAGGAGAUCUAUCCCUGCAUUAUCAUGGAGUACUGCGAACAGGGAGGCCUGUUCGAUGUGCUGCGGAGAACUCAUGUGGAUAAGAAGCUGUUCAUCGAUUGGAGCAAAGGCAUUGCCGCUGGCAUGCAAUACUUGCAUUCGUUGAAAAUUGUGCACAGAGACUUGAAAUCGCCAAAGUAAGAAUUUUUUUAAUUUUGAAGGGGAUUUUUGGGAAAAAUGGUCAAUUUUUGGUUGAAAAUGGUCGAUUUUUGUAUGAAAUUUGAUGUGAAAAGAAAGAAUAUGUUUUUUUUUUGAACAUUUUACAGUGCCUUUGAGAUAGAUUACUCUGUAGUUUUUUCCGAUUUUUAUAGAUUUUUUCCAAUUUUUUUCCAUUUUUUCGGCAAAAAAAUUUUUUUUAUGAUGAUAAAAAAAGUUGCGCAAAUUUUAAAAUACGAGCCCAAAAUCAUUCUCAGUAAUUUUUUUUUGAAUUUCUCUUCGAAUUUUUUGAUUUUUUAAACUCUUUUGGAAUUUUUUUGCAAUUUUUUUCAAUUUCACCCAAAAAUUUUUCAGCAUCUUGGUCGACAACGCAAACACCGUCAAAAUCUGCGACUUUGGCUCGCUCUACAGCUGGGACAAGACCUACAUGCCAAGUGUGGUGAUGUCGGUUUGCGGGACCUCGCAAUGGAUGUCCCCGGAAAUGAUGAAAAACGAGCCCUGCAACGAGAAAGUGGACGUGUGGUCGUUUGGGGUGGUACUUUGGGAGCUGUUGUUUCAGGAAGUCCCGUAUAAGAACCUCCCACCGAUGGCCAUUAUGUUCAAUGUGGGCUCGGAGUGAGUUUUGAAAACUCGGAAUUUUGAAAAUUUGAAAAUUUUUUUGCACAGUGCAAAUACUAUUACUAUAGUACAUAGGUUUCAUUUUUUUUCGAAUUUUCAUCUCAGUGCACUGUGCAAAAACUUUCAAAAAGGUUCUGCACUGUGCGGAAAAUCAAAAAUUUUCGUCUUGCACCGUGCAGUGAAACUUUUGAUCUAAUUGUUGAACAGCAUAGUGGAGUAAAUGACAAAAAAAUUGUAUGGGGUUUUUGGCCAUGCCAUAGUGAGUAUUUUCCACCAUAUUGCCAAAACUAAUUUUGCUUUCUGCACUGUGCAAAAAUCGAAUUAAAAAUUUCGCACUGUGCAGUCCGAAUUUUUUUGGAUUUUUGCACUGUGCAAAUUUUUUUGUUAAAAAAUAAGUUGUAAAAAGAUAGAGAAAUGUCAAAAAAAAAAUGUAAUAUUUUAUUUAUUUGUGUUUUUCAGCCGCCUCAAACUGCAUAUUCCUCGCACCGCGCCCGAUUGUUACAAAUUGCUCCUCAAAAUUUGUUUCGCCAAAAGACCACGAAACCGACCGUCGUUCACCUCGAUUCUGAACCAUUUGGAGAACAUACGAGUAGAGAUUGAAAACAUCAGCGAUGAUGCGUGGAGAAUGCGCAAAGAGGCCUGGAAAAAGGAGCUGAAUGAUGAGGCCGACAAGCUCAAACAUAACAGUAAUAAUGCCGAAGCUGAGGCGGUCAAAGGUGAGAGAAUUUUUUAGAUUGUAUUUUAGCACUUUUUGAGGUCGAAAAAAGUUUUUUCUCGAAUUUUUUUUGGUUAAAAAAUCAAAAAAUUUCAUUUUGAAAAAAAAUUUUUUCUUUUUUUCGAUUUUUCCCCUCAAAAAAUCUCAUUUUAUCAUGAAAUAAAAAUUUUUUUUUUAUUUUUUGAUUUUUUCCGCAAAGAAAUCAAAAAAUUUUAUUUAAAACAUUAUUUUUUUUGGUUUUUUCAUAUUUUUUCCAUCAAAAAAUCUCAUUUUAUUAUCAAAAAAAUAUAUUUUUUAUUUUUUUUUUACCGAAUUUUUACAAAAAAAAAAUUUUUUCAGUUGAAAAUUUGGUGACAAAACGAAUGCACGAGCUCCGCCAUGCCCAAGAAUUGAACCAACUGUACAAGACGAAAAUGAAAAGGCUUGACAAAUUGAUGGACAAACUCAUGUAUAAUUUGCAACACAUCCAAUGCAUGGAAAUUGUGAGGAAAAAUUUGUUAUUUUUGGGCCUAAAAUACGAAAUUUUUUUUUUAAUUUUUAAAAAUUUUUACUUAAUUUUUGGUAAAUACAUGUUUUAAAAUGAAUUUUAGUAAUUUUGAAAAUUUUUACAUUACUUCUUCACCUAUAUUUUAUCGAUUUUCCCUCAUUUUUCCACUUUUUCCCAAUUUCCCCUCAAAAAAUAUUAUAAUUUUCUCUCAAUUUUCAGGCCUUGGAAGAGCGUGAGCGUCGUGUGGCGGAAGAAGAAGCCCGUCUAGCCCAUCUCGCAGCCAAUGCCAGUUGUUAUCCGUCCGCCAGCACCUCCACGAACCCUUCGGCGGGCUGUUUUCCCGGUCUCAGAGGUCCCGAGUUGAAGUCGGUCAAGCUGCAGCCUCGACCGUCUACGGUCAGGACAAACUUGAGAUCAAAUAAGACUUAUACUGAGUAAGUUCGAGCUUGUUUUGGGCUUUGAAAAUUGAAAAAAUGAAAAAAAUUUGGGCUGCACAGUGCAACGAAAAUUUCGGUAAAUUUUUUGAGCUGCACCGUGCAGAUAAUACCAAAAAUUUUUUAUAGGCUUAUUUAUCUUGCCUGAGGCAUUAUUUUCCACCGCUACCCUCAGGGUUAAUUCUUUUUUGCACUGUGCGAAAACCAAAAAUUAAAUUUUUGCACUGUGCGAUUAAACUUCUGAUCGAUUUUUUGGAAUCACACAGUGUUGAUAACAUCAAAAAAUUUUGUGACGUUGUAAGUCAUGCCUUAGGCAUUGUUUUUCAUCGCUACCCUCAGGGCUGAUUCUUUCUUACACUGUGCGAAAACCAAAAAUUUCAUUUUUGCACUGUGCGGUUAAACUUUUGAUCGAUUUUUUGGAAUCACACAGUGUUGAUAAUAUCAAAAAUUUUUGUGACGUUGUUAAUCAUGCCUCACGCGUUAUUUUUUACCAUUACGCCCUAUGGCCCACUUUUUUUGCACUUGGCAAAAAUCACUUUUCUAAAAUCCGCACAGUGCGUUCAAUUUUUUUCUUUUUUUAACCUUCUACGUUUCAGUAUCUACCAGCAGCCCGGGCAACAUGCCAUUCUGACCAUGCAAGUGGACGCCGAAGACGAUGAUUCGCCCAUUGAGCCGCACAGUUCCACCUCGCCGAGCUGUUACACCUCCCCAAAUCAUCUUCAUUGCUCGAUUUCGGCGAACGAAAUGAGUCGCCGUCUCACCGACACCGUCUCCCAUUCGGUGUCAAGUCUUCCACUGCACACUACCGAGUCCACGGAGGAGUUGGCCAAGUGUCCGCCGCGUUCGCGGCACAGUUAUGCGCUGGGCGGGCAUCAAAGUUCGUUCGAUUCGCCGGAAUCUCGAUUUUCAUCGAGAGUUUCAUCGGCUCGCAGUUCGCUAAACACCAUGCAACGAACUAAUAACGGCUCAGGGUUGUAUUUGCGGCGUCCUGCGGAGACUUGUGAUUGUGCGCGCGCAGAAAUUGAGCGAAAAUCCGACCACGAACAGUGCAGCUGCGCCUUCAAAAGGAACACUCCGAUUCGAACCUCUGGUGCUUCCUGCGACUCCGGCUUCUAUGGGACGGUGGCGGAGGGCUCUAUGGCCAGUAUCAACGGGAAUAACACUUGUUUGUGCGUCGCCCCAUGCAAUGAUUGCCAAUUCCCGGAACAACGAGGAACCUACACUCCCUCGGAUUUGUAUCGCAAUCAACAAGCGAGAUGGAGCGACGGAUUGAUCCAUAGAAGAUCCUGUUUACCUCCCACGAGUUUAACGCCGACCAGAUCCGCCGCCAAUAUGGCGAAACGAAGCCGACGCCAUACGGCUUCGGCGUUCGCGAGAGGAUCGCCCGCGAGAGUUCCGAAUGUUAAAAGACGAAAUCAGAGCAAACCCCGAGACCUGAAAGGAAGAUCCACCGGCAAUUUGGCCACUGGAAUCGAGAAUUUGAGGAAGCAAACCUCGCUGGAAGAGGAGAGAUAUGCGAAUUUGGAGGGAAUCUCGGAUUUCGGAGAGAAAAUCGGUGUGAGAAAAUUCGAGGAGAGCCUGAGCGGCAAGGUAAGGCAUUUUGGAAAUUUUUGACGUCAUUUUUUACUAUGGAAAUUGAAUUUUACUGUUUGCACUGUGCAAAAUCAAAAAUUUUUGCCUUGCACUGUGCGGCGAAACUUUUGAAGGAAUUUUCGGAAAGGGGAAUGCAGAAAAUUAAAAAAAUUUUUGAUAGGGUGAUUGAGCAUCCCCUAGGGAUUAUUUUUUUAUGUGUUUGAAAAAUGUUUGCUUUUUACUGCACGGUGCGGAGUAAAAAUUAGAAAAUCUGCACGGUGCAGUCGAAAAUUUUGAAACUUUUUAUUGGAUGGAAAUUGGCCACUCAAAUUUUCUGGAAUUUCAAUAUAGCUCCUUAAAAGGUAUCCUGCAAAGUUUUGAGCUUUUUUCAGCCUAAAAUUUGAGUUAAUUUCGAGAUUUUUUGAAAUUUUUUUUCAUUUUUAAAUUUCAAUUUUCAGUCCAAAGACCGCAAUGAACGCGCCCAAUCAGUCCACAUCGCCAAUAACAACCAAAUUCACGACGAAUACGACGACGGAGAGUACGAAUUGGACGAUGAAAAUGACGACGAAUCCAACCGAUUCGACGACGAAGAGGACGCCAUUAUGGGAGAUGACGAAGCGAUCAAAAUAAACGCGAAUCACAUUAUCAAACGGAUCCGAGGACCGAUCGCGGAGGCGAUUUUGGAGAUGGACUCGUCGAUGAGUUCGUCGACGAAAUCGCAAAAAUCCCCGAAAAAGGGACGGAAUAACAAUUUGAAGAUGGAACAGUCCACUUCCACGAUGGCCUCGAGUCUGGAGAGGUCGUUGGAAAUGGGCGCCGUGGAUCAUGAUGGGCUCUCGGACAAGGAGAAGCAACUUACGGCGGUCACGAAGAGCUAUCAAAGACAUCGGAGAUGUGCUAGUGUAAGUUCAAAUUUGAUCAAAAAAAUGGACUACAACAAGUUUCAAAUUUCUAAAUCUUGACUUUUUUAGACCAGAAAUUCUUAUUUAAUCCUUGCACAGUGCAAAAAUUCAAAUAAAACUUUGCACGGUGCAAAAAUUAAAUUUUUGAUUUUUGCACUGUGCAAUGAAAAUUUAUGUUAAAUUUUUGUCACGCAAAGUGCAGCAGAGAAAAAAUCCUUUUUGUCAAAUGACAAUCACACAUUUGACAUCAUUAAGAAAUGUAUUACAACCAAUUUCCUUUUUGUUGCACUGUGCAAAAAUUUAAAAAUUAUUUUUUUGCACCGUGCGACCAAAUUUUUUUUACAUUUUUUAGGAUUGCAACCUUCAGCAGUUGACAAAUAGGUUGCGUAAAAUAAACGUCACUCCUUUGACAUCAUUCUGAGAUCCAUUACAUUCAAUGUGUUUGUCACUGCACUGUGCAAAGAUCAAAAUUUUAAAAUCCGCACUGUGCAGCAUUUUUUCUUAAUUUUGCACUGUGAAAAAAGCAAAAAGCAAAAAAAAUCUUUGGCCUUUGUCUAUGGUAAUAAAACAUUAAUAUGGCCAUUUUUCAGAACCCAAUCUGCAUAAUGGAAGCCCAGAAAUUCAACCGUCUCAAAGAAGUCAGUACCGAAAGCGACGAAUCCGGACGUUGUUAG